AUGGCGCUGCUCACAUCCGAUGGCGCCGCUAAGCUCGCGGAUAAGGGCCGGCAGAGUGAAGUAUCCAUUUCGUGCAUUACUUUAUCUCAAAACAUUACUAUCAAUGUUGGAGAUGAGCGUAUUGCGUAUGAAAUUCAAGCGGAUGCGGAGGUGCAGUGCCUUGAAACGGCCCAAGCGCUGCCUCUCCUUGCUGCGCCCAGGGGCCUUAGCCUGACCGAAAGCGCAGUACGAAUCACGGCAGCACCAGAAAAUAUGGAAAUACUCAACCCUUUUUGUGUAUCAAAAAUCGGAAACGUUUACACUUUGACCGUGCCGAGUGCAUGGGAGCAGGAGGACGCGAUGUUGCAAAUCAGCAUAAAACUGUACUUUUCCACCGUAGUACGACGGAGCAGGAGUACUCUCGCGUACUAUACUCAAAUUCCUGUAUUGCUCAGCGUGAAGAACUCGCUAAAAUGCACAUUCCAUGGCUUUGAGGGCUCCCCGGAUGCGCCCCCAACUUUGGGUACGGAGCCGCCAAUGUCGUGCUUACCGAUUUGGUCUACCUUGAAUGGCAUGAUGCAAUUGCAGGGCACAUUUCCAAGCACAGAUAUACUAGCGCUACAAUGGGGGCAGCCUGUCGAACAAGGGAGCGAGCCACCAAUGUUUGGGAAUGCAGCGCUGUGUGAAUGCUCUAUGGAUAUCGCUCUGGAGCGUGUAUGGAGCGAAGCAUAUCACGAUUAUGCGCUGCGGUCAACGCUGACAUUUCAAUUCGAAGUGACAAUUGCUACGCCGCGUGUGUCUUUGCUGGUCAAAGAGUCGAUCCUUUAUUGCGAGCUCGAUGGCACCGACGAAGAGCUGGUCUUAGAUUCACUUGAGAUCGAGGCAGAUUCAAGCAUCAUUGCUCGGCACGAGCUCAGCGUAACAACAGAAUUGGACAUGAAUUCAAAAGCUCUUGUGCGUGUUGCAGGACGUGUGUCCAAUGCUCCCCGUAAAUUUGCAUUGGUGGUCAAUGUUGACGCAGUGUGCGGAAUGUUUGGCGAUCCACCCGCAAGUCCAUUGCGCUUUUGCAAGACAAUGAAUAUCAACUUAAAGUUGCCCGGGCCGAAUCUAAAGGCAGCGUAA